CGGCGGCCAAUCAGGAGCGGCUGCCUGCCGGCAGGGCACUGGACCAAUGGGGAGCGCUGUUAUGUCGCAGAGCGAAGGCUACUGCUUCGCGUAGGAAUGUGCUCGUAGAGCACUUAGCGCUACACGUACUGAGCAUGCGCAGUACGCCAUGGAGACUCCCAGGUUGGGUGGUGGUUUGGGAGUUAGUACCUGUGGGGAGGACAGUUUCCUGCAUUUUGCUUAUGCCAGUAACCUGCUUCGGGAGAGGAUCCUGAUAAAAAACAUAUCUGCCACAUUCUAUGCUGUAGCCAACUUGCAGGAUUUUAAACUCGUUUUUGGCAGUCAUCAAGGCAAAGCAAGUUCUGACUGGCAUGGAGGUACAGCUACCAUUGUUCAAAGCCCUGGAGACGAAGUAUGGGGAGUAGUAUGGAAAAUGAAUACUAGCAAUUUAAAUUCGCUGGAUAAGCAAGAAGGAGUUGAAGAUGGUAUUUACAUUCCAAUAGAAGUUAACAUUUCAACGCAAGAGGGAAAAGUACUGACCUGUCGAAGUUAUCAGAUGAAUGAUUGUGUCUGUGAUCUCCCAUCACCACAGUAUAAAAAAGUUAUCUGUAUGGGUGCAAAACAGAAUGGCUUGCCAAUUGCCUAUCAGAAGAAAUUAGAAGCUAUAGAAACAAACAACUAUGCAGGACCAGUAUCAAUCUUUGAAGAAAUUGAAGCUACUAUUAAAGAGAAGGAAACAACAACUCAGUAGAAAAGUAUCCCCGAAAUGUUUCCAGUUCCACUUCCUUGCCUGAUUUAAUUCUAUGGCCUGUGUUAUACUGAGGUCAAAUUAGAUUAUCAUUGUGGUCCUUUCUGGUCUUGGAAUAUAUGAAUUUUUCAUUUUGAUUUAGGCAUCUAUUGCUAAUCAGUAUAUUGAGAAGAUAAUUUCCUUCUUUGAUAAGGGCAAACUUGACAUGUUUGUGUAGUUCAGUAAGGUAUUGGAUUGGAUAUGCAAUUUAAGGUCCUAAUCUUGCGAAGACCUAUGUAUAUGCUUAACUUUAGAUGUGGUACAUACAGUUAAGUACGUGUAAAUCUUUGCAAACUUGAGCUUAACUGAAAGUUGGAGUAAAUAAAAAAGAUUGCAGUUGCCAGA